GUUUUGAAGAUUUGGUCGAUUACGUUAACAAUUUUACUAUUGAUGAUGAAAAUGCGACAGCAGUUACUAGAAAAUUAAAACAGAUUAUUAAGUAUGAUGAAGACCGUGAAAUAUCACCUUAUCUCGAUGUGUAUAAAACAGGAAAUUUUAUUGGUACUCCAACAGCAACUUUUCCUCGGGAAACUGAUCACAAUCUUGUGAUCGCAAUGUCUUUGGACCCUUUUGACUCAUAUCCUUUUGGUUGGGCUAUAUGUCUUUAUACUAGUGAUGGAAAGACUAUUCAAAGGUUUCAGAAAGCUGAGUCCAUUCCCAAAUUUAGAGAUAAACCUUUAUCAGCAUUUAUUUGGUUGAUGAAAAAAUUUGUGAAAUUCUUAAAGGAGACUUUCCAAUAUCUAUCUGAUGAAGAAUCUCGAGCAU